AUGCAUCGCGCAAGGGUUAUAUUUCAACUGUCAAGUAAAGUUGGGAACAAUGAACGGUUCGCAUCAUGGCUCCUAAACAAACCACAGACAACUGCGGGGUCAGUAGUCGGAUAUAGGCACAAAAGCUCGGCGGCUGCUGAACCCUUCCUCAAUGGCUCCAGCUCAGCAUACGUGGAGACCAUGUACAACUCAUGGCUCGCAGACUCCAGCUCUGUACAUGCGUCAUGGGAUGCGUUUUUCCGCAAUGCGACAGCUGGAGCUCAGCCCGGCACAGCGUACACAGCGCCCCCGAACCUCGCGCCUACAACAAGAAUGAAGUCCCACUCACCUCCCUGGUACCAGCUAGUGCUGGUAUGCCAUCCAUUGCUGCAGGAUCUCCGAUUAACGAGAAGAUAAUCGACGACCAUCUAGCUGUGCAGGCUAUCAUCAGGAGUUACCAGGCUCGCGGUCACCUGGCGGCCGACGUGGACCCGCUCGGCAUCACGACGGCGAACCUGCCUCAGCUAGGCAUGCGCGGCCCAAGCUCCGAGCUCAUCAUGAGGAAAUAUUUCAAUUUUGAUGAAGCUGAUAUGGACAGAGUUUUCAAAUUACCAUCCACUACUUUCAUUGGUGAGAAAGAGAAAGCGUUACCGUUGAGGGAAAUCUUGAACCGUCUGGAGCAGGCAUACUGCAACAACAUCGGUAUUGAGUUCAUGUUCAUCAACUCGUUGGAGCAAUGCAACUGGAUCAGGCAGCGCAUCGAGCCUCCCAAUGUUGGCAAGAUGAGCAACGACCAGAAGAGGCUGAUCCUCGCUCGUCUCACCAGAUCCGCUGGGUUUGAAAACUUCUUGGCGAAGAAAUGGUCGUCAGAGAAACGUUUCGGUCUGGAAGGUUGCGAGAUCUUGAUCCCGGCGAUGAAGCAGGUCAUCGACGUCUCCACUCGUCUUGGAGUCGAGUCCAUCAUCAUGGGCAUGCCUCACAGAGGUCGUCUGAACGUCGUCGCCAACGUCUGCCGCAAACCUCUCCACCAGUUGUUCACCCAAUUCGCCGCCCUCGAAGCCGAAGAUGACGGCUCCGGUGACGUGAAGUACCAUUUGGGAACAUACAUCGAGCGUCUGAACCGUGUGACGAACAAGAACAUCCGCCUGGCUGUAUGCGCCAACCCGUCUCACUUGGAGGCCGUCGACCCCGUCGUGCAGGGCAAGUGCCGUGCUGAGCAGUUCUACCGCGGUGACAAUGAGGGCAAGAAGGUGAUGUCUCUCCUGCUGCACGGUGACGCCGCGUUCGCCGGACAGGGCGUCGUGUUCGAGACGAUGCAUCUGUCGGACCUGCCCGCCUACACCACGCACGGCACCAUACACAUCGUCGUCAACAACCAGAUCGGAUUCACUACUGAUCCCAGGCACUCGCGCUCCUCUGCUUACUGCACAGACGUUGCGCGUGUAGUGAACGCCCCGAUCUUCCACGUGAACGGCGACAACCCCGAGGCAGUGAUGCACGUGUGCAACGUGGCGGCGGAGUGGCGCGCCACGUUCCACAAGGACGUCGUCAUCGACAUCGUCAGCUACCGCCGCAACGGACACAACGAGAUUGACGAGCCCAUGUUCACGCAGCCACUCAUGUACCAGAAGAUCCACAACACUAAGCCCGUUCUGGAGAAAUACGCCGACCAACUGAUCAGCGAGGGCGUGGUCACCGCCGCGGAAGCGAAAGACGUGAAGGACAAAUAUGAGAAGAUCUGUGAAGACGCCUACACACAGGCCAAGCAGGAGACACACAUCAAGUUCAAGGACUGGCUCGACUCGCCCUGGUCCGGAUUCUUCGAGGGCAAGGACCCACUUAAGAUGUCCCCAACUGGUGUAGUAGAAGAGACCUUGGUGCACAUUGGCAAGCGUUUCUCUUCCCCCCCUCCCAACGCAGCUGAGUUCGAGAUUCACAAGGGUCUGCUCCGUAUCCUGAAGGCUCGUAUGGCGAUGGUGGAGAACAGACAGGUGGACUGGGCGCUGGGUGAGGCGAUGGCCUUCGGAUCCCUGCUCAAGGAAGGCAUCCACGUCAGACUGUCCGGAGAGGACGUCGAGCGUGGAACUUUCUCACACAGACAUCACGUACUCCACCACCAGAAGGUAGACAAGGCGACAUACUGCUCGCUCUGCCACCUCUACCCCGACCAGGCUCCAUACACCGUCUGCAACAGUUCACUUUCUGAAUACGCCGUGCUUGGUUUCGAGGUGGGUUACUCGAUGACAAACCCGAACGCUCUGGUACUUUGGGAGGCUCAGUUCGGAGACUUCAACAACUGCGCGCAAUGUAUCAUUGACCAGUUCAUCUGUAGCGGACAGGCCAAGUGGGUGCGACAGUCCGGACUCGUACUUCUGCUACCUCACGGCAUGGAGGGCAUGGGCCCCGAGCACUCGUCAGCCAGGCCCGAAAGGUUCCUCCAGAUGUGCGCUGACGACCCCGACUACAUGCCUCCUGAGAGCCCCGACUAUGAAGUGCGUCAACUGCACGACUGCAACUGGAUAGUGGCGAACUGCUCCACCCCGGCGUCAUACUUCCACAUCCUGCGACGACAGAUUGCCCUUCCCUUCCGCAAGCCUCUCAUCCUCAUGACUCCCAAGUCUCUGCUGCGUCACCCCGAGGCCAAGUCCUCAUUCGAUGAAAUGAAGGACGGCUCAAGCUUCAGAAGAGUGAUCCCCGAUGACGGCGCAGCAUCCCAGGACCCGAAAUCUGUCCGCAAGCUAUCGUUCUGUACCGGCCGCGUCUACUACGACCUGCUCAAACACAGGCGCGAGAAGGGACUCGAGAAGGACAUCGCUAUUGUCAGAGUGGAACAGAUCUCGCCAUUCCCCUACGAUCUGAUCAAGGCUGAGAUUGAGAAGUACCCGAACGCGAACAUUGUAUGGAGCCAGGAGGAGCACAAGAACUCUGGCUACUGGGGCUACGUGGAACCAAGGUUCCGCACUCUCUUACAGAACCAGAAGACCGUCAGAGUAAAGCCACAAAGUGGUAACUGGUUUACUAAACUUUUCGGCCGGGAAGAGAAGCCGGUCUCAGACGAGGCUGAGCCAGUGCCGCGUACCAUUAGCUACCACGGACGCGCGACGGCCGCGGCCCCCGCCACCGGAUCCAAGGCAGCUCACAACAAGGAGCUCAGGAACCUUCUCGAAGAGUUCUGCGUGCUAUAA